AUGUAUAUGGCCAACAUAUCGGUUGGUAGUUCUAGUCCUGGCACUGCUGAUCCCAUCAAUCCUUUUGUUCUCGCUGGAAUUGUAUUGCCAUGGAUUGCAUUGAAUGGCUUUUUGAAGCCUCAUUCAGAAAGAAUAUCGUUCGCUGAGCAUAGAUUUCGCAUCUUCUUACAAUUCUGUACAUUUGUUACAGUUCUUUCGGUAGCAACAAUGAUGCGUAGGAAUAAAUCGCGACACUGA